AUGCAGCCAUUCAGGACAUUGAGCAGACAAGCUCUGCGACGAGCAGCUACCGCACGCACACCAGCAGUGGUCCCACGCAUCGCCAGGGCCAAUUUAUCCGUUAUACCAAACCCGUCGUCGACACCCACACCCACAACCAGCAAGCCAUUCUCACCGCCCACCACACCACUAGGCUCGCCACUGAACCUGCCCAAAUGGCUUUCCGAAAACUCACACCUCCUAAAACCCCCCAUCAACAACUACUGCGUCUACUCCGACCCCCUAACCGUCAUGAUCGUCGGCGGCCCCAACGCCCGCACCGACUACCACAUCAACUCCACCCCCGAAUUCUUCUACCAAUACCGGGGCCGCAUGCUGUUGAAAACUGUAGACCCCGUCACCAACGAGUUCCGCGAUAUCUACAUCUCAGAGGGCGAGAUGUUCUUGUUGCCCGGGAAUACACCGCAUAAUCCUGUGCGCUUUGCGGAUACGGUGGGUGUGGUCAUUGAGUUGCCGAGGCCGGAGGGGGAGGUGGAUAGAUUGAGGUGGUAUUGUCAGGGUUGUGGGGAGACGGUGCAUGAGGCUGCUUUCGUGUGUACGGAUUUGGGGAGUCAGAUCAAGGAGGCUGUUAAUGCCUUUGGGGAGGACUUGGAGGCGAGGAAGUGUAAGAAUUGUGGUGAGGUUUGUGAUGUCAAGCCCAAGCCAGAGGUUAUGGAGAAGAUGAGAACAGGUCCUCAUGCUUGA